AUGGAUCCAACAGAUGAUGAUGAUGAUGAUGCAACACAGUCAACUUCGACUUCGAAAAGAACAAGGCUGACAUGGGACCAGAUCAAAGGCAACAUGGACACGAUCCAUCGUAGUUUUCUGAUCCAGCGAAUUCAUCAGCUGGAAGCCAAAUGUGCAAAGCAAGAAAUAGAUCUCAAGGCAGCGAAAAAGAAACAGCGAACAACUGUAGCUGAAAACAAGAAGCUCGAGAAGCAACUGCAAUUGCAGAUUCAGAAAGCCGGAGACCAGACUGACGAGCAGAUCCUGUGCGUUGAGAAAACCACCAAAGCCGGUAAGCAAGGGAAGAGGUUCAGUUCAAAAGGAUACGUAGCACUUGGAAUCCGCAAAAGCUUGUCGGUCACGUCAGCGGUGGGAUUUCCGUUGGCUGCACUUGUGGAUGUAUCACGGCAGACAGUGACACGAAGCGAAAAAACUGUUUGGGCAAUGCUGACAACCCGAUCGGCUGCUUUUCAUGUCGCUAUGCGACGGAAUCUGCGUAUGGUGGCGGAGUGGUUCAACUCGUGGAAUGAGUCCACCAAUGAGUCCAGCAACACCGACCCUCCCGAUAACACGCAGGUGGCGGCCUUUGCUGUUGCCGCUUCCGAGGAGUGUAUUUCGCAUGAGGUUCUGGUGGAGCGUGAUCUCGGGUUGAACCCAGACCCAGACGGGGAUAGAAGUGGGAUAUCAGGUGCAGAGGAAUAUUUCCUUCAUGCUGCUACUCCCGAUUACGUCGUGAGAACAUUCCUUGCAACCUUCGCCACGGGGGAGUACAAUGCCUACUUGGAACGAAACGCUCAACGUCAAGACCAGUCGGCGCUGGAACACGAUGUGGACGAACUGGGCCUGGAAGAGGCAGCUGAAUACCGAUCAAAGGUAACCAAGUGGAUCAAAGGCUCAUUGCUUUGCUUGCAAGAUACGCUGUUUUGGUUCCUCUUGCAAGUAUCCUUCAUGUCGCGGUCACCCUUCCGCCAUAUGUUUGCUAUCCUGAGCAAGUACAGUGGCCAUGCGUCGAGUAGAAUCCGCAAUCCGUGCACGGACUGUGAAGCGCAUGAACUGCCCAUAGUGGAUCUUGUUACGGUUCGGCUUGCGCAGCUUGAUGACGAAUUUCAUGACCUGCGCAACAACAUACCUUGCUGGUGCGAACGAACCCUUGCGUCUCUGCAAGGGAUGAUCUGCUGGGAUGCAAAACAUGCACUUUUACUGGAAGAUUUGCAGCAUAUGGCCAUGCGGGUGGUGAUGCUGAACCACGCCUCUUACAAGCGUGUGGCACGUGAGUUGUUGGACAGCAGCGAGCAAGUGCUCGAGUGCACGACACGGAAAAUCCGUACAUCAUGUUGGGCAGAGCUUGAAGAGGUCGCGGUGACGGGACGUCUCCGCAUGAAUGGCCGCCUCAGAGCUUCAUUGCUGCUCAGCGCUAGCAUGCUGCGACUGGAUGUGCAGGAGCUGGAGUCUUUAAACAGUAUGGUUAAACAUCAAGUUGCAAGAUCGGGCAACAACAGGAUCACACUGGAGCUCCUAUCUUCAAGGGUGCUCACGCGGAAGCUGCUGGCAUUGCAUGCAGUCGGCUGGCGAUAUAAGGACGUGGUGCCGGUCGCGGCGGCGUUUGCCAAAUCUGCCUAUCUGCAGCACGGGCCGCACAAAAAGUAUUUGGCAGAUGAAGCACGAUGGCACACUUGCGGAGAAUCGCGUCUCACACCUGCUGAUCCUGCAGUAUACAACCCAGCUGCGAGACCCACCCCAGAACACUCAUGGGCCCUGAAGUACAAUGCAACUUUCAUGAAAGCAGUGAGGGCACACAACAAAGAUCACUCGGACACUUGGAUUGCACUGCUGGUGCCAACAAGUCUUUGCUGUGAUCAUCAACCAGCGGACGAAGCCGACGAAGCCGAGUUUGAACGUUGGAUAUGUUGUGGAGUGACUCGGUCACAGGCAAUGCUCUUCCGACAAGAACCAGGGGGUGCAACCUCCUCGUUUAUGCUCAGUGCGCAGCUCAUUGCGAAACUACACAGUCGUGUAGCUGAAAAGCGGCAUCACAACAUCCUGUACAUACAGGAGGUUUCCAUGCCAGGGGCUGUCGCUGCUGGGGCUGUGCAGGAAUUGUGUCGGCUACGUGCUCGGUACCAGCGGGCUGAAAGGACGGAUCCAUUGGAUGAUCAGGACUCAGGUGGCGACGGCGAUGACCGUGAUCCCGACGGCAUCGAUGACGACGCUGACAUGCUUGGGGACGACGUCGACGAGAAUAUGCCGGGGUCCCAAGGCCAGGAAACGAACCGCCUAGACAAUGAACAGCUCAUGCGUCUGUUGCUGGGGUUGGAUGACUUUGGUGACGAAGGGAACGACGAAGAUGACGUAGAUGACAUGGCUGAGCUGGAGGGCUUGAACGUGAAGAUCGCGGCAACAGCGGCAGACAUGAAGCUUCCCGGCAUGGGCACCAAGGUGGAAGGUCGCCAUGACGAGCUUCUUGCUGCUGAAGCAUCCAGUGUGUUGGCGCCAGUAGAUCAGGAGACCGAAGCCUUUCUGCAAGAGCUUUUUGUGAACGGGUUGGGCCAAACUUCCAUCAACGAGGACGAGGUGCAUUCCUCCAGCUUGCGACCGGAUGUCGUAACUGAUCAGGGUGAUCAAGCAUCAGGUGCGGCAACCCAGCCGCGGACUGUAGAUGAUGACGAUGCCAAAUCGUUCUGGCAGAAAUGGCAGGCUGCGAUGCGGAUGACCUGCGAAGCUCUACAACAUCGUGACAGAGAGUGCACGAGACCGUUGGGCGACAACAGCAUCCGGGCUGCCUAG